GAAGUUGGCAGACUCGUGUCAAAGUUUAUAAUACUUGGCUUUUCUGCAUCCUCACCAUCUCGAUCCUCAGUCUCCAUGUCAUCCUCUUCAUUUUCUCCAUUUUCUGGCUCUGCAAUGGUCUCAGAUGAUGAUAUAGCAGAUACAAAUCACAACUACUGUAGCAAAUAUGUGGUUAAACAUGAUGAAACGAUACCUGCCACCUUAAAUCUGGAUGCCAUCAAUGCUUUCUCACUCAUUCAACAGCAAUCUGAAAGCCAAGGCCAAAGUUUACAACAAAAUCAAGAAGAAGAGAGCAUUGGGGAAGGGGAAGAAGAAGAAGAAGGGGUUGACCACUUGAGUAGAUCUGAGGGAAAAGAACUCACAGUAGAUCAUGUGUACGAAGAAACAGAGCCAAAAAUCCAAGCCAAAGACUUCCUUCAGAACAGGAAGUAUUUUAUGACUCGCUCUAUAUCUGUGGAAACCCCCAGUAAGAGAGUUGACCUAAUGAGUAGCCCUGCAACAGGAAAUAGGCGGCUUCUGCUACACCCAAGCUCCUUCUAUACAGACCAGUGUUUCCUCGGAGAUAGUAGACCUGCACUGACAGGCUCAUUAGGAUGUCUUUCACAAGGCACCUCAAACUUAGCUAAAGUCACUCGAGUUGAUAUACCACCCCCUUUUGAACUGGCAUCCAUCACAAAGCGACCAAUCAGAAAAAGUUCUCCAUCCCUCCCGAACGAAGUCUCUGCUUCUUGCAAGAAGCCUGAUUUUGGGUUCAAGCGAUACCUUCUGCCGUUACGAUUCCUUAGGAAAUCAGAUCGUAAAAGCAUUAUGGAUAAUCGCUCCGUAUCCUCCAGGUCCCCGUCUGAGUCAAGUCCGCAAGGGUCAUGCAAACGCUUGGAUUUUAUCAGGCAUAACAUGGGCAGCCCGGAGUUGCAGAGCACUCCAGAUUGCACACCACCUAUGUCCCCUUCUUCCUUUGUCUUUCAAAAGAAUAGACAAAAACAGGGACUAAACUUCACCCUUAAUAAUGAUUUGGCUUCAAGCACCAUUUCUAUGGAUCUAGGGUCUCUCUUUGAGCCCCAUCCCCUUUCCAAACCUCGAUCUUUCUCAUCUCCCAAUACAGACUCUUCAGAUUACGAGAACGUUCAAAAUGCUGCUUCUCACUAUGAGAAUGUGCAGAUUCGCCUCCUGAAUCCAGUCAUUCAGAGUCAACGAAAUCAGAGUUCACCCAGUGAUACUGAUGGUUAUGUGGACAUGAGCAGUCUGCCGGGCUUCCAGGGCAAAAGUCGGCCAUCUGAGCAAGAGACAGAUAGCCUCUACACUUUCUGUUCUCCUAAUGUGAGACAAGAUGGAACAAUGGGUGUGUCUGUGGGUGUGACUUGUACACAAGAGAAAAAGACAAAGGCAUCUGACAGACUGAAUGUCAACUGUUCCAGGGCUUUCUAUAGUGCCAAAGAGCUUCUGGACAGUGAGGCCCAGCAUGUCAAGACUUUACAACUUCUCAAUGAGUCAGUUGAAGCGGAUGAGAGGCUGAUGACAGUGUGGACAGAGGUACCUGAUAUUUAUACUCUCCACCAAAAUAUCCACACAUUACUGGAGACUCGCUUAAAAGAAUGGGAUCAGAAUGAAGGUAUUGCUGAAAUCAUCCUGGCAAAGAAGACAGAGUUUUCCAUGUUCUCUUCUUACAUCAGUCAUUAUGAUGAAAAAUUGAACUAUCUGGAACACAUACAAAGCACACUACCAGAUGCAGGGACCCUGAAAAAGCAGUUGCUGCAGGUCAUUGUGCGCAUCCUACAAUACCGUAUGCUGCUAACAGACUACCUGAACAACUUCUCACCAGACUCCAGAGAGUUUGAAAAUACGCAAAAUGCUUUGGUUGUGGUCUCAGAUAUUGCUCAUCAUGUCAAUGACAGCCUUAAGAAUGGAGCGUAUCUCCUGCGUUUGGUCCAUAUUGAACACAGUGUUCUGGGUCUGACAGAUCUCUUACAACCUGGGAGAGUGUUUGUGAAAGAGGGCACUUUGAUGAAGGUCAGCAGAAAGUGCAAGCAGCCACGUCACCUUUUCUUGAUGAAUGACAUAAUGCUGUACACAUAUCCUCAGCAAGAUGGCAAAUACAGACUCAUCAACAGAUUACCAUUGGCAGGGAUGGAGGUCAGCAAGCCACCAAUAGAGAACGCUCAGAGUGCAUUGAAGAUAGACGUGAAAGAUAUAAGCAUCACUUUGUCUGCCAACUCCUGCACUGAACGAGACGGCUGGUUUGCUACACUGAGUCGGACAUUAGUGAAUCUCGGCCCCGUAUCAGGAGACCCAGUAGACUGUUUUGGGUUAGUGGAUGGUCCAGAGAUGUGUCUCGGCGAGAACGCUCCUCCUCUGCUGUCUGUUUCCCAGGUGACAGUUUGCAUGAACUGUCACUCACAUUUCAGCCUCACAAACAGACGACAUCACUGCCAUGCCUGCGGCAAGAUUUUCUGCAGAGAUUGUUGCAGGAACAAAUUCCCCCUCAAAUAUAUGAAGAAUAGACGUGCCAAAGUGUGUGAUCAUUGUUACACUGAGCUGCGUAAGCAUGAUGUUGCCACAAUAACAGAGAGCUCCAGUCGACCUCUCUCUUCUGUCUUCCAAAACAUUCAUCCAUCGAGUCUGUGGAGAAGCCGCAAAGGCCAACUGUCUUUCAAUCAGGAGACAGUGUCCGAUGGAGUGAUGAGAGGAACCCUGCAGAGGUGCAGGAACAGCAAGAGAAGUUGGAGAAGCCUGUGGUUCCUCCUGAAAGAUAAAGUUCUCUACGCAUACCCACAGCCUGAGGAGAGGGUUGCAUGCGAGACCCUUCCUCUCUUGGGUUUCUCUGUGAGGUCAGAGGUUGAAGGGGAGAGCAGCAUGUUUCAGCUGUACCACAAAAGCACUCUCUUCUACACUUUCAGAGCCCAGGACAGUCACACUGCACUGAGAUGGGUCAGUGCCAUGGAAGAGGCUACAGUCCUGUAGCAUCUGCCGUCCUGCUUUUGUCUUGUCACAUGAGCAAUUAAAUCUGUUAUUGAUCAUUCGAGAGCGAUGCAUUUUCACGUCACAUUCAAAAAUCACUACCCAGUGUAACUGGGACUGUAAUCAACCAUUCCUACGCUAACGUGACGCAACAGACAUAUUUUUGGAACACCAAGGGAACAAAAUGCUCACACUCAGACAUUUAUUUUGUGCCAAAUACUUCUUCCAAAGACCUCGUUUAGCUGUGUGUGGACACACUUUAAAGGCACACUGUAGCACUUCCAGCUGUCAUUUAAAUAAGAACAUUUUAGAACCAGUGAGAUGUUACUUAACUUAACCAUUAUACAAUAUGAUAUAUAUUAUGCAAUACCCCAGAGCACUAUAUUUUAUUAGGACAAUUUCUAAUUAUGGGAACUGGUGUGAAUUUGAGCCCAUUAUGUUCAUUUGGUGGCAUUUUCUUGAUGUCCUCUCAUAUCUGGAUUAUAUUUCCUUGUAUACUGCUGUCUGUCAUUUGGACAAUGACUUCUACUAAAACCAGAAAGAGUAACUUUGGAUUGAUAGUUAGUAUUUAGCAACUGAGCUGGUAUUCUCGUUGCACUUGAUGAUGAUGUAAUGUUUAAUUUACUUACCUUAUGUGCAAACUGCCAAUCUGUUCACUUUCCAUGUUAUAAUUACAAUAUGAGGGCUUAAUGUAUAUUUAUGAGGAAUGUAUAAGUAGUUUGUCUGAAGUAUUAAUUGUCACUGUAUCAUUUGAGUAAAAUUUACUUGUGUAAUGUUAUUGUGUUCACUUUGGUUUCCAAACCUCACUAGUGCCUCAACUUCCUAUUUUAUCCUCCUUUGUGUAUGAAAACUUGCUUCUCUAAUGUGGUUAUCCAUAGGAUACCUAUGGGGUUGACCACUGUUGAAAUAAAACUAUUAACUGUAUGGUAGU